CGUGAGAAGAGAUUGAUAAAAAUCCGCCAAUGUCCGUAGAAGCGAAGAAUAAACAGAAGAAGAAGCCGAUCACCUUCGAAGAGGAGAGCAGCUCCAAGCCUUCUCGCCCGGAUUUUGGACCGAGGUUAUAUAUGUUAAGAAAUGGGAAUGGUUUACAUGAAGAAUUCAAGUAUCGGAAACACACCGAAUAUGGUACAAGCAUUAUAACAAGAUUAAACAGAAUGAUUGACAUGGGAAAUUAA